AAUAACAAUGGAUGCAAUAUUAUGCCGAUUGAAGCAGCUCACCCCUGAUGAACUUAGAGAAGAAAUUGUAAGAGCAGGACUGAAGUGUGGACCCAUUACCUCAACUACUAGGUUUAUUUUUGAAAAAAAAUUGGCUCAGGCGUUAUUGGAGCAGCAAGGGGCGUUGGAGGGAAAAGGAUCUGCUUUAUCAGAGGAAGCUGGUGGAAAUGUCCCAUCUGGUAGUAGCCCAGCAGAAGCACAAAAGGCUUUGAAAACUACGGCGGUGAAUUACAAUGGUCAUGGAAGUGUUUCGGAAGAGGUAGACUUUGGGUACUGUGUAGGUCUGAACCCUCCAGAAGAAGACGCUGUAAUGCACAUGAACUGUUCAGCUCCAGUCUGUGGAGCAGGAUGUGCUGGUUCACAAGUUAGUACUCAGACACCGUCCAGAGAUCCUCCACUAUUCUAUGGUGUUUGUCCAGUUUAUGAUGACAUAUUGGCAAGGAAUGAGAGAAUACAUGUUUAUGAAGAUAAAAAGGAAGCUCUCCAAGCUGUUAAGAUGAUUAAGGGUUCCCGUUUUAAAGCUUUUUCAAACAGAGAGGAUGCUGAGAAAUUUGCUAAAGGAAUCUGUGAUUAUUUCCCAUCUCCAAGCAAGUCCUCUUUAUGUUUGUCUCCAGUGAAAAUGGGAUCAUUUAACCGAGAUGGCUUAUGCUCCCCUGAGACCGAAACUGCUAAUAAAGAGAGAGCCAACAGUUAUAAAAGUCCACGUACUCAAGAUCUUACUGCUAAACUUCGGAAAGCGGUCGAGAAAGGAGAUACAGCAACAUUUUCAGAACUUAUUUGGAGUAACCCUCGCUAUCUGAUUGGAUCAGGAGACAAUCCAACAGUUGUACAGGAAGGGUGUAGGUACAAUGUCAUGCAUGUUGCUGCCAAGGAGAAUCAACCUGGUAUCUGCCAGUUAUUACUGGACACUUUGGAAAAUCCUGAAUUUAUGCGGCUUAUGUAUCCAGAUGAUAAUGAUACAAUGUUGAAGAAUCGCAUCCAAUAUAUCGUUGACCUUUACCUUAAUACACCAGAUAAAAUGGGAUUUGAUACUCCAUUGCAUUUUGCCUGCAAGUUUGGGAAUUUGGAGGUUGUUAAUGUGCUUACCUCACACCCAGCUAUUGUAAAAAAUCCAAGAAACAAAUAUGAUCAAACUCCAGCAGAAGUAGUUUGUGAAAGAAGCAAGAAUAAAUCUGCAGAAUUAAAAGAAAAACUAAGAGAGUACUUGAAAGGUCGAUACUAUGUACCACUCUUGAGAGCAGAAGACAAUUCCUCAGCUCCUGUAAUUGGUGCGCCGUGGUCACCCGAUCAGAUAGAUGAUAGCCGCCAAAGAACUUUAUCUAGAUACACUGGCAGCCCCAAAGAUCCAGUGUUGUCGAUAAGAGCUUUUGCAGGCCCCAUGAGCCCCUCAAAGGCUGAAGAAUUUCGCAGGCUUUGGAAGACUCCACCUCGAGAGAGGGCUGGCUUCUUUCACAAUGUCAGGAAAUCUGAUCUGGAGAGAGGUGUUGAAAGAGUUGGAAGGGAGUUAGCUCAUGAACUGGGGUUCCCGUGGGUUGAAUACUGGGAAUUUCUGGGCUGUUUUGUUGAUCUGUCUUCCCAGGAGGGGUUGCGAAAAUUAGAAGAGUACCUGAGUCAUCGGGAAAUGAGCGAAAAGGCUCAGCAAGAAACAGGGGAAAAUGAAACCUGCAAUAGAUACAAAACUCCACAUCCUUCUGGCAAAAGUAAAAAAUGCUGCAAUUCUAUUUCUGUUGGAGCGUUUUUGGAUGAGGAUGAUGAUGACAUGAGCUUAGAAGAAAUUAAAAACAGACAAAAUGCAGCACGGAAUAUCAGCCAACCUAUUGUGUCCAAAGAACCUAGCAUUGAUGCUAUUGGAGAUGCUGAGUGUGAUAUCUUGUCAAUGGAGCGUACAGUAAACAUUAUAGAAACAUCACGUCACCCCAGGCACUAUGAAAAGGCAGCUUCUUCCAGCAAAAAUGGAUUUUGUAAUCCUGUGUCCACUGAAAGGAUAAUUAGUGACAGAAAGCAUUUGCAUGAUGGAGAAGAAUGCCUUGUAUCGCCUGUUUCCAAUUUAAUGUCAGAAUUCGAAAGCCUGUCAUUCCAAGAGCAAGAGGUUGCAGGAGAAUCAAAUGAAAUCGCUGAGAAAACUGCAAAUGAGAGAAUUCUGGCUGAAGGAACAAGUCAGGUGAGAAUAUCCAAGGACCAUCUGGAUAAGACCUGCUGUGCAGUUUCACUGUCAGGUUCUUCUGAGCCACGUGUUACAGGUAAAUUUGGAGAGACCAAGUUAAGGACAGAACACAAAAUACCAUCAGAAAAGGAGAGACAGUCCAUGGAAUCUGGAAUUCAGACUAAUGAGGCACAACAACGUCAAGAACUUUCUUCCCAGAAAUUUCUUUUGAAGGCUUCACCCGCAAAUGACAAUUCUAAGAACUUAUUCCUGCUUGGGGAGCAGCCCUCGAAGCUGGAUAGUGAUGUCUUAGCAGCUAUAGAAGCAGUAGAGAUUGAUCCACAGAAAUACCCGAUUAUUAACAAAUGGAAACAUGCGGUGCAGUCAUACUCUUCAUCUGACAGGCAAAGUUGGCCGAGUCCAGGACUAAAGGCAAGAUUCAAGUCCCAAACCGUCGCUGCUGGCCUUCCAAAUGCUUCAGUGUAUUCCAAUUCAGGAAGAAAUAGUCCCAUAACAGGAAGUCCAGGAAAAUACGGCAAUGCCGCCUCGUUCUCUCCAGACCCUGGGAGUCCUGGGCGCUACAGUCCAGCUGGUGUCAACCACGCUCUGUUAAAACUGCGUUAUUUUUCAGAGCCUCCUGCCCGCUAAAAUAGGAUUCAUCUUCCUGGGACUUCAAAUAUAUUUUCAUUGUUAGAGUGGAGGAAGAAACUACAAUGUUACUGAAGUGACAUGAGGUUUGUAUUUGGCUAUUUGUUUUUCCUCAAUUGAGGACAAGUGUAUGUUAAAAGAAAUUGAAUAUAUGUCUUUAUGCCAUAUACGAGAUAGAUUACUGGUGAUAUGCAAGAAGUUAGUGACAGUCAGUGCGGUUGUCCAGUAGCUAUGAAUUAACCCUUGUUGCCAGUAAAGCAGGGAGCUGAACCUUUACUUAGAAAUGGUGGUAUUUUACUAUCACCAGUUGUCAUUAUUGUAAUGAACCUGUUUGCCCUCAACUGUGUUUCUUUUGCUUGGAUAGUCUGGAGGAAGCACAUCAUCAGUAAACAGAAGUCUUAUGAGAGGAAAUUGACGGCAAGAAGUAAAAUGUUCUUCUACUUGCAGGGGGAAUGCUCAAAGUGAAAAGCCUAAAACAAAGCCUGGGUAGUGACAGCUUUCCACUACUGAGUAUGAAUGUGAAACCCUGUGCAUAAACAGGAAGUAAGUGUUUAUAGCCAGCAGUUUGGUCUAGACAGUUGAAUAUACACACACACGCUCUAUAUAUAAUAUAU